AUGCAAGAGGGGGGCAUCUAUUGCGCGUACAUGAUACUUUGCGUGCACAUAGAUUUGUUAGAGAGAGACGGACAUAUGCUACUAUCGCCGUCGGGGGCGGUCGUGGUUCGUCGGGCCCGUCGUCACUCGUUGCUCGUCGUCCGUAACAGUUCUCCCCCCGGCGCAGCGCUGCGAGCCUCCUCCUUCACGAGCACGACGAGCUUCGUGACGGGACGCUUGAAGACUCCGGUCUUCGUCUGGAUAUCCGCUACUCGCACGCCGCCAUCAGGUCCCCUG